GGUGCGGAAGAAGUGUUAGUGCCAUAAGCUAGUCAACGUGCGGCUGCGACGUAACUCAACAUGGCUGUGAGGGAAUGUCUUAAACUGACACGGAUAGUCUGCCGUGUGCUGUCAAGCAGGAGCUAUGUAGCCACCGCCUGUACCAGAGAACUGUCGGCGGUUCCCUUGAGGACUCAGUGCAAGUGCGCGCUCUCUCGAGCGACUCGCAGAGCACACUUGUUGCGCAGCUUCAGUUCGACUGCGCAGGCGCAGCACUCCGUGUCCCACGAGCAGCUGAAGCAGCUGCUGUCGUCCCGCAGCGCCGUGGUCAUCGACGUGCGCGAGCCGUGGGAGCUGCGCGAGUACGGAAACAUCCCCGGAUCUGUCAAUGUUCCCCUGGGACAGGUUCACCAGGCUCUUCAGAUGAGUGCUGAGGAGUUUCGGGAGAAGUACGGGUCUGACAUGCCAUCUCAGAACAACCUCAUUGUAUUCUCCUGCCUGGCAGGCGUCAGGAGUAAAACAGCCUUGGAUACAGCCAUCUCUUUAGGAUACUCCAAUGUUCAUCACUAUCCUGGUGGAUGGGAGGAAUGGGCAAAACGUGAAGUGUUACAGACCAAAAACUGAAAUUAUAUUUCACUCUGAUUAGGAGUGUUCACAUUACCAUAUGUUCAGGAAAUAUAAGAAACUGUGCCUCAUAAUGUGCUUUUUUUAAUCAACUGUAUUUAAUGAAAGCUGAGUUUUCUAAUCUUAGCAGCUGCGAUUACAGUUACUUUUGAAAUCAGCCAUUCUUUAAGGGCACUGCUUUACACAUUUCGUAAUGUUUUAGAAAGCUUCCGAUGUCUGAAGCUGAUCAUUUCUUUCUCAGUGGUAUCCAUCAAAUUUGUUUGGCAAUAGCUGGAAUAAAAAACAAUAUAAAAACUUAA